UUACUGCUCUUUACUCAGCAGGCAGCAGCAGUCUGUCCUCAUCACUCCUUGUCUUUAUAUCUCCUCGCUCGGUGUGCUGCUUUUGACACGAAGGGAAACGUUGGGAAAUUCAUAUUGUCUCAGGCUGGAUUCUCUCCUUUACACCAAUGGAUGGAGUUUAUUCCCCAGCAAGCACAGUGACUUCUUAAAAACUUCACACUCUGUGCUGGGUGCUCCUCCUGGAGUUUUCAGGGUGAUGGAGCAGCGUGGAGGUGCAGGCGGGGAAACGGAGAGCCCCAGCCUUCGGGACAGCACCAGCCCAGAGGAGAGAGGAGGGGAGAGCCCUGCCUCCAGUGGCCCCCCGCCGUGCAAGUUGAGCCUCCUGGAGGUCAACGGCAGCCCAGCAGCUCCGCGGACCAGACAGAACGGCACACCGCUGAGGCGACUAGGAGGUUUGAUGAUCCCAGUCUACUGUGUGGUGGAGCAUGCCGAUGUGGGCGUAGCUGGUGACUGUGAGGGGCAUGGCGACCGUCACGCUGAGUUUGUGUUGGUUCAUAAGGAUGUCCUCUUCACGCAGCUGGUGGAGACAGCACUGGUCGCUCUGGGAUACUCACACAGCUCAGCUGUACAGGCAAGUGGCAUCAUUAAAGUGGGCCGUUGGAAGCCGAUGCCCAUCCACUACCUAACAGACGCUCCAGAGGCAACAGUAGCUGACAUGCUGCUGGACGUUUACCACAUGGUUACACUGCGGAUCAUACUGCACAGCUUUGCCCGGCUUGAGGAGCUGCCGUCAGAGCAGUGGACCCACGCCACGGUGAGGAACGCCCUCAGAGAGCUGCUCAGAGAGACCAACCAGUGCGCGCUGGCCAAGGAGUGUCCUCUCUCCCAGAGCAUGAUCUCAGCGAUACUGAACAGUUCCUACUACAUUAACGUCUCCACCUCUAAAUGCCAGGAGUUUGGACGCUGGUACAAGAGGUACAAACGCAUCAAAGGUGAAUACAUUGAGAAGAUGUGGUCAGCACAGGACAAAUCAGAUAUUAAAGUGGAGAGGGAUUUGGACUUGAGCGUCCUCAGCCAGCGUCCCCCCUCUCACUUACCCUCCCCCACUCAUAUGGGCACCCUAGGCGGCCCUGGAGCUCUGUCCAUCAAGGGUGGCCUCGGGGACUCUCAGACCUCCACCCAGCCUCAAUGUCUGCCUCACCACGCCAGCCAGCACCACCCCGGUGCACCGCUGCGUCCCCAGGGUCCACCUCUCCUGGGCCACAGCGGGCUCCUGUCCCCUCAGCUCGUCCGUCAGCAGCUCGCCAUGGCCCACCUCAUCAACCAGCAACUGGCCGUCAGCCGCCUGCUCGCACACCAGCACCCACAGGGAGUCAACCAGCAGUUUCUCCACCACCCGCCCAUCUCACGGACCUGCAAGGGCCCCGGGGCCGCUACCGAGCACGGCCUCAACUGCUCAGGGGCCGAAGUCUCCUCCGCCAUUUACCAGCAAGUCAGGAACGAGCUGAAGAGGGCCAGCAUCUCUCAGGCGGUGUUCGCCCGUGUGGCUUUCAACCGCACACAGGGCCUGCUGUCAGAGAUCCUUCGUAAGGAGGAGGAUCCUCGCUCGGCCUCACAGUCGCUGCUGGUCAACCUGAAGGCCAUGCAGAACUUCCUCAACCUGCCAGAGGGCGAGCGAGACCGCAUCUACCAGGAGGAGAGAGAGAGGAGCACUAACUCCAACCACAACCUCUCCACCAACCACAUCUCCAGCAGCAACACACACAGAACUCCACAGUUUCCGUGUCCUACUCUGCAGCAGACAAAGUGCAUCAUGCCUGCUGCUGAGCUGCCGUUGAAGUUGGACUCGCUGGUGAACAUCUCGUCAGGCAUCUAUGAUGAGAUCCAACAGGAGAUGAAGAGGGCGAAGGUCUCCCAGGCUCUGUUCGCCAAGGUGGCUGCCAAUAAAAGUCAGGGCUGGCUGUGUGAGCUGCUCAGGUGGAAAGAGAGCCCGAGCCCUGAGAACCGCACACUGUGGGAGAACCUGUGCACCAUCAGGAGGUUCCUGGCGUUAACGCCAGCCGAUAGAGAUCAAGUCUACGAAGACGAGUCGAGGCAGCAGCACAGCGAACGGCUCCACACCGUCCUGCACAUCCCAGACCAGCAGGCCCUCCACAGACAGCCUCUGACCACUCCAUCUCCGAUUCACGAAGACCCAAAGCCCAUCCCGUUGCUGGUCUUGCACGGCUCAGAGGAGCGCGGCAUGAGCCCCACCCCCGGAGGAGGCGGACCGAAGAAGGCCCGCUCACGGACACGGAUUUCCCUCGAGGCUCUUGGAAUCCUGCAGAGCUUCAUCGGUGAUGUGGGGCUCUACCCCGACCAAGAGGCCAUCCACACCCUGGCAGCCCAGCUGGAUCUACCCAAGCACACAAUCGUCAAGUUCUUCCAGAACCAGCGCUACAACGUCAAGCACCACAACCUGGUCAGAGAGCCCGUCCCCGGGGAGGACGACCGGGAGAGCUUGAGUCCCAGCGAGGGGGGCGUCUGUGCGGGGGAGAGUCGAGGGGAGGAGGGCCUUUCUGUGUCUGAGGAGUCGAGCGAGGAUGGGAGAGGAUCAGCGGAGAUGUUCAGAACAAAGGGAGAAGACGGUGGAGAAGAGAGAGAUGUGGAAAUGGAGAUGGAGAAGGAAGAUGGGGAUGAUGGGAAAGCCUCAGGGCCAGCGACUUCCUCCCUGUCCCCCUACAGCAGCAUGGACAGCCCCCACUCUGCAGAGCAGCAGAGAUAACAGCAGAGAAGCAAGAACUGAGGAAAACCUUUGAUGAACGCAAAGGACACCAUCAAACUGUGAAGCCAACACACACAGAUGACCUGUGAAUAAACACACACACGUUCAGCCCCUUUACCAGAGCUGAUGAUCAGAGCUCGUUAAUAUCUGAAGAACUGUAGACAAAUAUUUAAGUAAGGUUUGACUUAAAAAGGGAUCCGGCGGUACUACCACUACGUUCAAAUGCUUCCAGUAUUUUUGGUUUGAUGCUGCCCGUAAAGAAACAUUUCCUCCUAAAUUGUCAGGGUUUCACCCAGUUGUUUUUUCUUCUUCUAAGGGAUAGGAACGCAUUUUAAACAGCAUUAGAUCAACACUACACUAUGCUGAAAAACAAGGGAUUCAAAGUGACAUUCCACAAAAAAUUUCGGAACAAGUCUGCAGGCUUUAGAGGUGACUGUAAAACGUUCUUAAACUACUCCUGCAGCACAAUCCACUUCUUUUACAGUUCUGUCAAAGUAUCACAAAGUACACAGCUUCAUUCGCAAUCAUCUAAGUGCAAUAGUGCAACAUGGAAGCUGUGUAUUUAGUAUCCAAGUAUUAUGACGAUUGGAUGGAUACAGAUUAUAUGCAUUAUAUUGAUUGAGGAGAAGUGGAUUUAGCUGCACGAGUGAUUGGAGAAGUUUGGAAUCUUCAGCCACCUUUUUAAGCUAACGUUUAUUGUAUUUGGGGGUGAAGUGUUCGACACUCAAAAGUUUGGCUCUUAAGGUGGGGUGAGGGAGGUUUCACUGUAGGCGUUAAGCUGGCAGUGAAGUCCAAAUGUAAUUAUAUUUGACAUGUUCUCACAGAAAAAAAAGAUAAGUUUGUGAGGAGAAAUACUGUAAGGGAAGUGUUUGGCUUCUUUUUGUUGUGCUUUACAUAGUAGAAAGUCAACUUUAAAGAACUACUGUGACUGUCCAUGGAUGCCGUAAAAUGAACAGACCUGGAGUUGCCCGCAUAUAACAUGCCAAAUGCCAAACUGAUUUGGAGUUUGCUGCCAACAUUCCAAACUCACCACACAAACCUCAGUUAUUUUUCUGGUUAAGAUAUUAGAAAUAAAUAAAAACCGACGAAUCAAUUAAAAUAAUUUGAGAAGCUGCAGUCAGAGAACUUUCAUCUGAGCAGAGGUGGGAACUCUUGGCCCUUGUUGUUGGUGUGAGAUGCAUUCAUAUUGGGACCAAGAAUAAACUGUACUGACAUUGGGCAGUAUACCUCAUGAGACCAGCAUUCGCAGGGCAAUAACAUGAGCACCUCCACCCAAACUGAAGCCCACUUUACAUUAUCUUUUUUAAAUGUAUAAUUAUGCUUUAGGAGGUCCCUUCAAUAACGGAGCUCUAUGUGAACCUCUAGCCUUUACUGACAGUAAAUCAGUUCCACACUACCCUCCAAUUGAUAUUUAUUACUAACUUUAUAUUGACUAAAAUCUGAGUAUUAUUGUUGUAAUUAUUUUCUAUUUUCUUUGAUAUGACUACAAAUGUCUUUGUAAAUGUGACUAAAAAAGAGCAAAAUCUGAGAAAGUAUGAACUCAGUGUUACACAGUUUAAAAGAAUGAUUCUUUAUUUACGGUUUGACUGGAAGAGAACAUGAUUGUGAGUACAUUAUGAUGUAAAUGUUGACAAUCCACCUGCAAAACUGAAUCUGUCAUAUGUGGGAGGCAACCACUGUCACUGCCACUGUUUUGUGUAAUUUGUGCCACAAAGGAACAGGGUAUGAAUGCACAUUAUUAGUAUUUCAGUUUGACAAUCGUAUCUGUCCUGGAAUCACACAAGGUUUCUGAUUUGUACCACUUUGAUGUUUUAUCAUUGCUCUUUGAUUCUGUUGUGGGCAGGACAUGAAAAUCUGAUAAAACUUUUUCCAAAGUA